CAUUAUCAAUUGUAUUCAAUUCACCCAACUAUGAUUCGAUAAGUAGUUCCCAAAUCUCCUCUCUCAUUAUAGCCACACAUAACUUUUCAUUUCCUCUUAUUUUACUCUCUUUCCUCCCCUUUUGGCCUCUCACAUAUAAACUUGACAUAUGUAUCUUGUCCAAAACUGACAUAGCUUUCUGCAGACAAAGAUUGGAACUUGUUUAUUAAAAGUGACAAAGAAUCAAUCAAAUCUUUUCAUUUUUCUGAAUGCAGAAUAGAAGAAGCAAGCAUGCCAAAGAUUUCAAGAGAUAGAGGUAUGGUAGGAAAGAAAGAAGAGGAGGGAGAAUUCAUCAAAAUCCCCAAAAUGGCCCCAUUGUUCACCCCCUCUCCUUCAUCAAGGCAGUGGUCAUCAUCAGCCUUGAAGAACCCUAGAAUCGUGCGCGUGUCAAACAGCUUCGGAGGCAAGGACAGGCACAGCAAGGUGUUCACAGUGAAGGGCUUGAGGGACAGGAGGAUCCGGCUAUCGGUGCCUACUGCAAUACAGCUCUAUGAUCUGCAAGAGAAGCUUGGCCUCAGCCAGCCAAGCAAGGUCAUAGAUUGGUUGAUUGAUGCCACAAAAUUAGAGAUUGACAAACUCCCUCCUCUCCCAACCAUGCCUACAAAUUACCUCCAAUUUCAUCAGCCAAUUGCACCAAUAUCAUCAAUGCCUAAUCAAGCAUAUGCUUCUGAGUUUAUCUCUCCAUAUCUGUUUAAGGAGAGAGAGGGUUUUGGAGGAUUUGUGGCACAGAAUUUCUUCCCACAAUACAGUAGUGAGUUUGCAACACCUUACAACAACCCUAACUACUUCCAAUCAAUGGAGCCUCCAAAUUUGUCAUUGUCUCAGUUUGGAGGUUUAGGGUUUCCCUUCUCGAAAGAGCUCUCGUCGUCGUCACAAGCUUCGAGUUCUCAGAAUUAUACUCCUCAUUUCCAGCCUUACUUUGUGGAGAAUAAUGAUAACUUGCAAUGGCAGAAUUCAUCAACCCCAAUGAUAUCUUUCAGUUUGAAUGCAUCCUUUCAUUCAACUUAGCAUGGUAAGGGCAAUGAGACUUAGCAUUAUAGUGUUGAUUAAGUGAAAUGCAUUAUAUACAAUGAGAGUUGUAAUAAUAAAGCUCACUGUAUAUAUAUUGUUUUUUGGGUGUUAUGGUAUGUAUACAUACACUUUGUAUUGAUGACUUGAUUUCGUAUAA